CACGCCGUUGGGGCGCAGCAUGGUGACGUCAUCACGCAGAGCAGCAGCCUGGCGGCAGGAAUCCGAGGCGUUAAGGGCGGAGGAGAAGAAGGGGGGUUCAGGCGGCGGCAUAAGGGACAGCCAUAAACAAAACAUGGCGGAAGGAGCCGCCGCCGCUGCGCAAGCUAAGGAGAGGCGGAAGGAGCAGCUCCGGCAGUGGGCCCGCUCCUGUACCAACCAGGAGGCGGCAGAGCCCAGGUGGCAGCGGCGCCGGAGGAGGGCUGGGGACGGCAAGGAAGAGGAUGAAGGGGAGCCGGGCUCCCGGGGAGAAGGGGAUGGCCGCACCGUACGGUUCGAGCGGGCAGCGGAAUUCCUGGCAGCCUGUGCCGGGGGAGACCUACUGGAGGCGGAGGAGAUGCUGAGGGGGGAGGACGGGAAGGAGAUCAUAGACAGCACCAACACGGACGGCAUCAGCGCCCUGCACCAGGCUUGUAUAGAUGAAAACCUAGAAGUGGUAGAAUUCCUAGUAAACCACAAUGCCAAUGUGAAUCAAGCAGACAACGAAGGAUGGACACCUUUACAUGUCGCAGCCUCUUGUGGCUAUAUGGAAAUAGCAGAGUAUCUCCUAAAACAUUCAGCAAACAUUGCUGCUGUGAACAGUGACGGGGAUGUUCCGCUAGACAUUGCUGAAGAUGACUGUAUGGAGACUCUGCUCCGUGCCGAAAUCGCAAAGAGAGCUGUAGAUAUUGAGGCAGCCAAAAGAGAAGAGGAGGAGGUGAUGCUGCAGGAUGCCCGACAGUGGAUGAACGCAGGGAAAAUAGAAGACAUCAGGCAUCCGAAGACUGGGGCCAGCGCCCUGCAUGUGGCAGCAGCUAAAGGCUAUGUAGAGGUCAUGAGGCUUCUGCUUCAGGCCAAUUUUGAUCCAAAUGUGCGGGAUAAAGAUGGCUGGACACCCCUGCACGCUGCUGCCCACUGGGGAGUGGAAGACGCCUGUCGACUUCUGGUGGAAAACUUCUGUGACAUGAAUGCCCUCAAUAAUGUGGGUCAGAGGCCUUGUGAUGUUGCAGAUGAAGAGAUUGUUAGUCUUUUAGAAGAGCUGCAAAAGAAGCAGGAAGAUUUACGGAGUGAAAAAGAGGCAAAUCUUAAAAGAGCGGUUAUCGAUACCGGCAUGGACCAACAGACUAUCAAUACAAGUAAACACAGGAGAAGCUCAGUGUGUCGAAUGAGCAGCAGAGAAAAGAUAUCUGUGCAAGACCAGUCUAAGGAGAGGAAGACCUUAGGGAUGAUAACUGUCGGCGAUGAUGAAAGUUCAUCCAGCUCAGAAGAAGACAAUGACUCUGGAAAUGAUCCAAAAACAAAUGUUCAGCUUAAUGAAAAUGGAUUAUUGCCAGAGCCUCAAAACAGCACCUUGAGCCCAUCUUCACCUGAUCAGAAGUUCUCGGGGGCAGCGAGCAGCAUCACAGAGAAAUGCCAGCUUUCCUUUUCCAACUUGAGGGCAGGCUUACGGAAAACUGGCAGCUUCGGGGCUCUGCAAGAUGCCAGAAUAGAGGACAAUAGCUUCAAAGAGCCAGGAAUCAAGCGCUCUGCUUCCAGCCCCCGACUGGACACCCAGGAGAGGAAGCCAGACAUUUGGGAGAUCCUUCAGAAGUGGAAAAGAAACCUUGAAGCGGUGGCAGUGAGCGGCACUACAUACAGUAAACCAUUGUGCAGUCAGCUGGAGAACAGUGUACAAGCCUCAGUGAACAAAGAGCCACGUAUGGCUCGUAUUCCUCCAACACCUUCCAGAAGGAUAUUUGGCCAGCCGGAGUCCGACAACCUGCCAGACACUAAGAAAGAAGACUUAGAAGGUGGACUACAGAUGAAACUUGACAUGGUUCCCACCACACAAAUGCACAUAAACACUUUGUCCAGCAUGACUGCCACUUCCUCCACCUCGUCCUCCAGCACAAGCUCCAGUACUGAUCCCAAAGACAAGCGAAGGUCGUAUCAAACGCCUGUUCGUGAUGAAGAAUCAGAGUCUCAAAGGAAAGCUCGCUCUCGGUUGAUGAGGCAGUCAAGACGAUCUACUCAGGGUGUUACACUCACUGACCUAAAGGAAGCAGAAAAGACUCUUGGGAAAUCUGUAGAAAUCCAAUCCACUGAACAAAGAGAUGACAGAGCGCCAGUGGACAAGGAACAGACUGCAGAAAAUUUGGAUCAGGCCCGAAGAUCUCGCUUAGCACUGGACACUGAAACGGUCACCGAUGCACCUGUACAUACUGUGAAUUCUCCAACAAAGAGAGCAGAACUUGAAAGUGUUAGCAAAGACGACCGCCAAACAGAAAACUUAAACCACUUGACAACAAGGGACCGACGGAGAUGGAGAAAAGAACUGCAGUCAGCAAACAUGGGGGUUACAGAGAAUGAGGACACAGAGACUGUUAACCACAAUGACACAUCCGGGCACAGGAUAACAGAAAGCGUAAACAGUAUUUUACCGUACAGAGCUGGAACAUACUCAUUUUCAAGGCACAAAGAGUCUGACAAAGAUUACAAAAAGUUAUAUGAAGACUUAAUUUCUGAAAAUGAUUCCCUGCGAGAACAACUUCAAGAGGCAGAGCUAAAACUUACCCAGCUAAAGCUGGAGCUGGAGAGGGUCACACAGCGACAGGAACGACAUGCAGAGAGACCCGCCUUGCUGGAGCUAGAGCGAUUUGAACGAAGAUCAUUAGAACGAAAGGCAGCUGAACUUGAAGAAGAGUUAAAGGUCCUCUCUGAUUUGAAGGCAGACAAUCAAAGACUGAAGGAUGAGAAUGCAGCUCUGAUACGAGUGAUCAGCAAACUGUCCAAGUGAAGCAGCAAGUAAAAAGGGCAGGGGAUCAUGAUUCAGACACUGCACAACCUGACACAAACCUUCAGCCUAUAUAGGCCAAAAGCAGUCCUACAAGUCUACUUGGCAAGAAACGCAGUCUUCCCAGAUUUGGCAGUUACCGCAGAGAAAAGCUGCAUUGGGAUCAGAAAAGACAGUGUUGGACAUUGUGCUGCACACACUGGAGCCAGACUUUCAGAGCCAGCUCCCUGUCUGCGAACGUCACGGAAAUCUAACAUCCUAGUUUAUGAAAUAGUUUUAUCCAUUUUUUUUUUUUCAUGUAUAAUCUAUAAAUAUAUACUAGUAUGUAUAUCCACUUGUCCCCAAGUGAUGGCACUGGCAUCAGGUCAUGCCAACGAAGAAGUUUCCUCUCUUGGCAUAACAAAUGGCUUCAUUCUUUGUCAUAACCAAACAUCUGUGUAAUCCAUGGGGCAACCACUGGACAUUUCGUCUGUUGUACCACAACUGUGAUAAACCCUUCUGUAUCCACUCCAGCAAGCCUAAUGUGUCUAUAGAAAAUAACUAAUGUAUCCAUCCAGCAGUAACCGAGGGCAGUGUUUAAACUGCUCCGAUGCUAUAAAUAUCAUGCACAGUUACCUUUAUUGUCUGCACCUCCAUGCUAGGUAACCCUAUCUUUAAAUAAAAAUGGUGGCUGUAAGAUUUAGGUAACUCACCCCCUCCAACGGUGAACACUUGUGUGUAUUGAUGUAUUCUUGAAUUUACUUGUAUGCAGUACAAGUUUUAGAGCUUGUUAACAGUUACACUGUUUAUGCCUUUAUGCUGCAUUGUCUAAAUUGUAUAUUAGGAUUUGCUCUCAUGUAAAACACUUAUCAAUUGCAUCUUGUGCUUUAUGAGUUUCUGGACUUCAAUCAAGGCUGUGGAGAGGACCUGUCUGUUCUACUGCAUUGUCUGUUUUAGUAAAUAUUUGUAUUCCCCAUAAUGUAGCAGUGCUAGAUCAUAUUUUGUUGACAAUUCUGCGUUGUGGAAUUGCUCUUAUUCUUCCUGGUAAUGUACAAGUGGAUGAUUCUCGGUCAGUAGGAGGUGCCCUGCAGUUUGCCACAGUUAGCUCUGAUUGAUCAGUGACAGUUUGUAAUAACCAGAGUAGAAUAGAUUUCCAGGAGGAAUAACAGAGGUACUGUACAAUGCAGAAGUCUAACGAAACCUGCUCCAAAAGUGUAUAUGGGUAUUACAAUGUAUAUGCUAAAAUUGGCAGGUACUCCUCAUUUCUCCAGGCAUGACUUGCUUAGUAGACUUACUGUGCCAGCUCCUGUGACUCUACCAUCACCACCAGUACCCAGCAGCAUUACUGCCCCUUUAAAGGUAGCAUAGAUACAUAGUCUUGGACUUGGCCUCACUAAAGAUCUAGUAUGAUGGAUAUUGCUUUUGUAGGACUUUUGUGUGUUCGUGAAGUAUCUGGGAGUAGUGACUAAGUGUAAGGUUUUUCAUUUAGUUCCUGGAGAACGUAUUGAAUAAGAACGGUAGAGGGGACAGGGGUUCGAUAAUGCUUUAAAAUAAAUUGAAGCAAGUCUCCUGAGUAGGCAAGCGGCUAGCUGUCCUGGAUCCAUCAUAGGUGUUUGCUUUCUGUCCUGGGAAGGAUUUCCUGUCCGCCUGAAUCCUUAUAUCUUGGUUAUAUCUGAUAUGUUCAUGUUCUGUAUGUACAACCCAAGCACAUCCGCCUGUUGUUUAGAUGAGCAGAUGCUAUAUUAGCACAUAUGGAGAAUGUUUUUGUCCUUAUCUUCUGAGUGUUUAGAUGGAUCAGUAUUACAUUGAUGUGAUAUAGGUUGAGUUUGCAGUAUUUACGUUGUGUGUCUAGAUCUGUUGAGCGGAUCUUGUCGGUUUAUGGUAUUUACUGUAAUAUGGUUUUAUAUCACUGUCAUAAUCUGCACCGGGAUCGAUCACUAUGCAUCCGUACCUUACAGACCUUGUGAAAGGGAACCAUGUCACUGUUGUCCUAGUAUAGAUUGUAGAAAGCUCUUCAAUUACCCAGCAAUUGCUUUUUAUUACAGAAUACAAUGGUAAAAUAGACCUGUAAUGCUUGUCUAAACAUGGCCUCCCAUUGGCAGUUCAUAGCAUCCUGAUCUACUAGGCCAGAUCAUAGAAGCACAUAAGAGCAGAGAAGAUUUGUAUCUUGCACCCAGCACUGUCUGCUCUCUCAUCCAUUCAUAUAGUUAGAUGUCUUCUAGUUUUAUGUGAAUAAAGCAUAAUUCUUGUAUAAUGAAAUAUUCAGCAAUUUCUAAUUUACAAUGGUACAUUAUUUGCUUGUUGUUUCAAAUUCUCUGCUUGCUAUCAGUGAAUGGAAACCUCUGUACAUCCUUAAACUGUAUACCAAUGCAGACCUAAUACUGCUAACAGCUGAGAGGUGGAUGCAUCUGGCUGACAGCAAGCAGUGACCUUGAAUGGUGGGGAAUUAAAGUAGAACGUAUAUGGCCCCGUUCACACUACGGAAUUCUCACGGCUGAAUUCCGCGAGCGGAGAUUCCGCCUGGCGGCCGCCGACGAAGGUUCUUCGGCGCUAGGGCCGCGGGGCACUGAGCCAUCACCAUUGACGGCUAUGGUCUGCUCGCGGAAUCCGCGCAAAGAAUGAACAUGUUCGUUCUUUGCGCGGAACACUUUCAGCGGCGGAAAUGUUUGCCGCUGAAAUUCCGCAGUGUGAACGGGUCUCGUGGAGACCCGUUCACACUAAUGUUAAAGCUCACACCGCGGAAUUCCGCCCGGAAAUUCCGCAGCAAUUCCGUAGUGUGAACGGGGCCUAUUAGAAAGUUGCAUUACUCUUCUUUAUACAGUUAGAGACUUAUCUAGCUGUCUUUUAUAGUAAGAUUCUUUGUUGCCCUUAGCAACCAAACAGCUUGAUAAACCUCCCACUUAAUCUGAAAACCCCACCUAGCUUUGCAUGCACAUCACUUCCCUUGGCGGAUAGAGCCACCGAUUGUGUGUAUGGGACCGGGCACCACCCCAUGAUCUGUCUGUCCUUCACACAAAAGAAAGAUGAUGUUUACAUAGUAUGGCUUUGUUCACACAUGCAGUAGGGUUGGUUUUAUCAAAUAUUGUUUUGCAAGAACAGAAUAGUGUAAAUAGAAGAAAAUAGGAGUCCAGCGCAGGUUCUUGU